GAAUGUCGUUGAAUAAAAGUACCGUUAUUAUUAUUAAUACGCUUUCCUCGUCAAAGUUUAAUGACUGUAUCAUCUCCAGACAAAUACAUGCACUUGAGCAACUACUCGCAAGCCGGAUUCACUGUCGGCAGGGACAUGUUGAAGGAUGGCAUUGCAGAUGUCCUAUUAAUACCAGUGAUAGUAACCACGACGGAUGUUCAAGAUUUUGACUUCACGAUACCUAUCACCAAGAGCUGGUAUGAGCUUUAUUCCAAAUAUACGGUGAACCGGGCCACUUCGGUGUCGUACCUAGUCACUUGGAGUCCCGAGGUGUGGGCGGCGUUUGUGUUGACCACUUUACUGAUCGCUCUAUGUGUGUGGACGGUGACGAAAAUCAGAUCCUAUACGGGAACGUCUGACGAUGAAGAGGUCAUCCGACCCAACAUCAUUUCGUGCAUAUUCGUCGUGUGGGGUUCAAUCUGCAGCCAAGGACUCCAGGCCGGCAGUACAGCUUGUUCCGUGAGGACCGCGACGUGGGUCACUCUAGGAUUUGGGCUGUGCAUGAGCACGGCUUAUUCGGCUGUACUGUUUUCGCGGUUGGCUGUGGGCAAAACCGAAAUGGCCGUAUCGUCGUUGGAAGCCGUUGCCUGGUCAAACACAUUUUCGCUAUGCGUCCGUCGCGAGAGCUUCGGGUUUCUACUAUUCAAAGUGAAGGAGACGGAUCCGUUUAUUAUGGAAAAGUGGACGAACGUGGUGAACCGAGCACCUUGUCCCGAACAGCAGGCAGGCAAUAUAAAAUCAGUGGCCAAGUCUGUUUGCCAGGAUAACGUUUUGGCUUUGGAGACUCCCAUGAUUAUGUCCAAGGCAAUGUACGAUCAAGACGGUUGCAGAGUGGUGUCCGUAGCCGGGCGACACGCUGUGGCUUACGUAUCGUUUCUUAUGAAAAAAGGCUUUCGCCACAAGGCUUCUGUUAAUCAUAUAUUGCUACGGCUGUUGACAACGGGCGUGUCAAAUUAUCUGCAAAAGAAGUGGUUGUCUAAGGAGUUCCCCGACAGCACUUGGUCGGGUGCCGAAGAUAUUUCAGUGACCAUAAGCCACGUAGAUGGGUUACUAGUCGGGUUUCUGUUGGCCGUUAUUGUAUCUUUUUCUGUGUUGUUGAUCGAACGGACUGUGGCCAAGUACAAUUCUUUUCAACUGACCAAACGACGUUUAAACGACAGGAUCGUAAGAAGCAUGGGUAACCGUUCUAGAUUUUACUGACACGUCUUAUAGUACCUACCCAUAGAA